AAACCAGAAGUUUACUUCGAUUGUGGCACCAUUCUCAGUAAAUAUUGAUGAACAAGCUGACCUAAUGGAAUGAAGAAAGAAAUAACAACUCUGAUGUAUAUAAGCUUUUAUUGUUUCAUAGAAAAGAGCCAUUUUCCAGUGAAAUAUCAAAUAAAUAUAUUGCGCAAAUUACAUUGAACCAUUAAUGUAAAAUUUCCGAGUUUGAGAUACACGUAUAUUCACAAGUAACAAAAUGGAUCUUCAAUAUGGUGGUAACGUUAUCCUGUUAUUUAGCUUAGGUUUGACACUAGCUCAACCGUGUGAGAAAACGGACAACGUGGUAAGCGGAAUUGUUAACUUGUCGGCUGAAGUACGUAAAAUUGAUAACAAAAUAACUAAUCUCUUGGAACGAUUGGAAGCCAGACCAACAGUAAACACUGGGCUCCUUGACUUCUACGCUGUCAAAAAGGGUGACUGUGUUGGUUAUGAUAUAUCCGGUCAUAAUGUGGAUAAGGAAACAUGUGCAGUUCUGUGUCAUCAACACUGUCAAUGUGUUGGAUUUGUCUAUACUUUGCGUCCUGAAGAAAGUAUACGAUGCUGGCUGAAGCAUGAAAUAUGCGAUACUCCAACUAAUAUUGGCGAAACUCAGACGUAUUACAAACACUGUAAAAGACGCUCCUUGGGGCUCCUGGACUACUACGCUUUCAAAGAGGGAACUUGUGAGGGCAAUGAUAUAUCCAGUUAUGAUGUUGAUAAGGAAACAUGCGCAGUUCUGUGUCAUCAAGACUGCCAAUGUGUUGGAUUUGUCUAUACUUUGCAUAAUGAAGCAAGUAUACGAUGCUGGCUGAAGCGUGAAAUAUGCGAAACUCCAACUAGUAUGACCAAAACCCAGACGUAUUAUAAACACUGUGGGAAACGACCCUUGGGACUCCUCGACUUGUACGCUUUCAAAGAGGGAGAUUGCAGCGGUAACGAUAUAUCCAGUCAUGACGUGGAUAAGGAAACGUGCUCAGUUCUGUGCCAACAACAGCGUCAAUGUGUUGGAUUUGUCUAUACUUUGCAUCCUGAAGCAAGUAAACGAUGCUGGCUGAAGCGUGAAAUAUGCGAUACUCCAACUAGUUUGAGCGAAACGCAGGUGUAUUACAGACACUUGGGGAAAUGUCUAUAAAUUAAGAUACAUACACAUAAUAUAGUUCCAUAUAGCAACUAAUUGACAACCAUGAACAAAAUGUCGUCAGCUUGAAUGCGGAAAUAUUUUCUAGAAUAGGCCACCUAGUUUUCCAAGUGCAGUUCCAAAAAGGAUGCUAAUAAAUAUAACAUUACUUUAGUCGAGUGAUAUAUUUUGUACUGUUUUGAAACUCAUUGUUACUUGUUGGGGCCUCCUUAUAAGAAGAAUAACUACAAAAAUUAUAAGAGGCCCCUUGAACGGCCUCAGGCAAAAACAAUAGACUUGAACUGGAGUCUAAUAAUAAAAAGAGACGCUAUAACUAGCUGCCAUCAGUAGGAGUUUGUGCAACUUUUUCUGAACUUUUUGCAUCCAUAUUUGUUAUUUACUCAUAACAUUGAGACAAUGUACAAUUUACAGAAACAUGUAGGAGUUUUGUUCAGUCCGAAAGUAGAUAUCAUAUUAAAUGGAAUCUUAUAUAACACAAA